AUGGUAAGGUCGAUACGCUGGGUAGUCUUCGUGGCCGUGAGAUCGCGGGGUCUGGGCGUCAGGUUUAAUGCCAGUACAUAUACUCGCUACCAUCUGUUCUCUGACAUACCACAUUACCUCGACCAGCUCAGCCUAACCACUGCCCACACUACCUAA